AUGGCGAAAAGCACCCUUCGCCAAGAGGCUGCAGGAGAUGUGAAAGAAUGUGGCGGCUUCUGGGACUACCACGAUAGAAUUCGCAGAACAGAACUUGUCAAGUUCCGGUGCGACAUGGCUGCCAUAUCCAUCAAGGAUAAGAAGCCGAUGUGUGCCAUCUCGGGCCAGGUACCUGUUAACCUGAUGGCCAGCUCCGUUGGCGCCAACAACUUGCAAACCACUGUCAAGCCGUUGAGAAUGCCCGGCCAACAAGAUCAGCUCAGGACGUGGUGGAAGGAGAGCUCCGUCUACCAAAUCUACCCGGCGUCCUUUCAGGACUCGAAUGGGGAUGGAGUCGGCGAUCUCAAAGGCAUCAUCUCGCGUGUAGACUACCUUGAGGGGCUCGGUAUCGAUAUCGUCUGGCUGUCUCCCAUUUUCAAGAGCCCGCAGAUUGACAUGGGCUAUGAUGUCAGCGACUACCGUGCUAUUCACCCGCCGUAUGGUGACAUUUCCGAUGUCGAUGCGCUCAAGGACAAACUCCAUGAGCGGGGAAUGAAGCUUGUUCUGGAUCUGGUCAUGAACCACACCAGCGACCAACACGAAUGGUUCCAACAAUCCCGCAAGUCCAAGGACAACCCCUACCGUGACUGGUACAUCUGGCGCCCGCCGCGCUACGACGCCCAGGGCAACAGACAGCCGCCAAACAACUGGGAUAGUCAUUUUCAGGGAAGUGCUUGGGAGUACGAUGACGCGACUGACGAAUACUACCUGCGUCUCUUUGCCCGCGAGCAGCCCGACCUCAACUGGGAGAACCCCGACGUGCGCAAGGCGUGCUACGACAUUACUCGCUUCUGGCUUGACCGCGGCGUCGAUGGCUUCCGCAUCGACGUCAUCAACUUUAUCAGCAAGGACCAGCGGUUUCCCGACUCGGACAAAAAGGUCCUCAAAGGCACCGAGUACUAUGCGUGCGGCCCGCGCCUCCACGAGUAUCUCCAGGAGCUGGGCGCGAUUCUCAAAGAAUACGAUGCCUUUAGCGUGGGCGAGAUGCCGUGCGUAGACGACGAAAAGGAGCUCCUCAAUGCUGUUCGCGCCGACCGCGGCGAGCUGAGCAUGAUUUUCCAUUUCGAAUUCAUGGAUCUCGACCAUGGUAUCAAUGGCAAAUUUUCGCCCAAGGAACUCUCGAUUGACGAGAUGAAAAAGACGCUCGACAAAUGGCAGCGCCUCAUGUACGACAAUGACGGUUGGAACGCUCUGUAUCUGGAGAAUCACGACCAGCCGCGCGCCAUUAGCCGUUUCGCGAGCGACGCUCCUGAGCACCGCGUAGCCAGCGCCAAGUUGAUUGCCAUCUUCAUGGCGUUUCAGGCCGGCACGCCAUUCGUCUACCAGGGACAAGAGAUUGGCAUGACCAACGUACCAAAGGACUGGCCGAUGGAAGAAUACCAAGACAUCGACUGCCUCAACCACUGGAACCUCUACAAAGACUCGGCCGAUGAGGCGACAAAGGCCGCGUUCAAGGUCGAAUACCAAAAGAAGUCGCGCGACAAUGCCCGCACGCCCAUGCAGUGGGACGACACCCCCCACGGCGGCUUCAGCACCGCCAAGCCCUGGAUGCGCGUCCACGACAACUACCCGCAGGUCAACGCCGCCGCGCAGGUCCGCGACCCGGCCUCGGUCUACAGCGGGUACCGCGAAGUGCUGCGCCAGCGCAAGGCCCGCAAGGAUGUGUUUGUCUACGGUGAUUUUACCCUCGUCGACAACGACGACGAGGCCCACGACAAGGUGCUCGCGUAUAAGCGGACUGCGGCCAACGGCGACGCCGCGCUCGUCGUCUGCAACUUUUCCGCCGACGCGGUGACGUGGGAAUUGGCGAGCACCACUAACGCCCCGCCGCGCGAGGUUAUGGUCUCGCCGACGGGCAAGACGAAAGCAGACGUUGGCAGCAAGAUCGAUCUGGGUCCGUACGAGGCCAUUGCGUUGCUGCUGUAA